AAUGGACCAAAACAAAACUCUAAUGGGUCAAAUAAUGAUUCGAGGCCAUUUCAAGACCAUUAAACUACUCUCAAGUCAUUAUGAUGGCUGCAAAAACCUCUGGGAUAAACUCCCCUGGUACGCAUCGAUGAUGUUUGUGAUGCACGUAUCUUCUGCAUAAAAACCAUCCAUGAAAGGCAGAUUUCUUUGUGUAAUAGCUAAUCCAACCAUCAGAGAAAUUGCAAUGCAUUUUAGAGAAAAUUAUCGCAAUACCAGAUACCUGAAAAGUAAGAAAGAGGAGUCGGGUGGGACUCCACCCAGCAAAAUGGAGAAGAAAGCUAAUAUCAAGGUCUGCGUCACCGGAGGUGCUGGAUAUAUCGCGUCUUGGCUUGUUAAGAAGCUCCUAGAGAAAGGCUAUAUUGUCCAUUCCACUCUCAGAAACUUGGAGGAUAAAUCAAAAGUAGACAUUCUUAAGUCCCUCCCUGGUGCAGACACCAAUCUAAUGUUAUUUCAAGCUGAUUUAUACAAUCCCAAUCAGUUUGAAAGAGCCAUUCAGGGGUGUGAAUAUGUCUUUCAUGUAGCUACUCCAUUGCUUCAUGACAGUACUCAAAGCUCAAUGUUCAAGGAUACAACUGAAGCAGCUGUUUCCGGAGUGAGAAGCAUUGCUGACGCUUGCAUCCGAUCCCAAACAGUUAAGCGACUCAUCUACACAGCUUCUGUGAUGGCAUCCUCACCGCUAACCGAAGAUAGACUUAAGUUCAAACCUUGCGUGGAUGAAUCGUGUUGGACACCAAUUGAUAUGUUAUUGACUUACUGCAAUGAAGUUACACUGGCAUAUACUAGAUCAAAAAUGUUAGCAGAGAAAGAGGCGUUGAGCUAUAACGAAAAAAAUAACGUCAAUUUAGAAGUCGUAACACUUCCCUGUGGCCUGGUGGGAGGAGAGACUCUUCUUUCCUACGUGCCUUUAAGUGUGGAAAUAAUUACUCUUACACACCUUAGAGGAAAAAUUUUCUCUGUCGAAGGAUUAAGACUUAUGCAAGAGAUUCUUGGAUCAGUUCCCCUGGUACACAUUGAUGAUGUUUGUGAUGCGCACAUCUUCUGCAUGGAGACCCCAUCCAUGAGAGGCAGGUUCCUUUGUGCAGCAGCUAAUCCAACCAUUGCAGAAAUUGCAACUUAUUUUCGAGAAAAUUAUCCGGAAUGCAAGAUUGGUGAAGAGUUCAUGGGAGAAGAAAAGCGAGGAAUUGGAUUCGACUCUAGCAAGCUGAUCAAAAUGGGUUUUCAUUACAAAUGUGAUAUGAAGAAAAUAUUAGAUGAUAGCCUGAAAUGUAGAAGGCGACUGGCGGAGAAAGAGGCAUUGAGCUAUAACGAUAAUCCUGAUGGCAAGUUAGAAGUUGUCACUCUUGUCUGUGGCCUAGAGGGAGGAGAGACGCUACGGUCAUACGUGCCUCUAAGCAUAGAAGUAAUGUGUUCGCAACUUAUUGGCAAAUUGCCCGCUUUCAAGGCAUUCGAAUUUAUUGAAGAACUUCUGGGAUCAAUUCCCAGGUUCAUGGGGGAAGAGAAGAAAGUCAUUGCUUGUGACUCCAGCAAAUUGGAGAAGAUGGGCUUUGAGUACAAAUACGACAUGAAGAAAAUAUUUGAUAGUGUAAAAUGUGGAAUACAACUAGGAGCUGUCUUCCUCAAUUAG